AUGCCGCGGAUAAUGAUCAAAGGUGGUGUUUGGCGGAACACCGAGGAUGAAAUCCUCAAAGCCGCAGUCAUGAAAUAUGGCAAAAAUCAAUGGUCUCGUAUCGCGUCAUUGUUGCACCGCAAGUCCGCCAAACAGUGCAAAGCUCGUUGGUAUGAGUGGUUGGAUCCAAGCAUCAAAAAGACGGAAUGGUCUCGCGAAGAGGACGAAAAGUUACUGCAUCUGGCCAAGCUGAUGCCGACUCAAUGGCGCACGAUUGCACCGAUUAUCGGCCGGACCGCUGCUCAAUGCUUGGAACGGUACGAAUAUCUGCUGGAUCAGGCACAGCGGAAAGAGGAAGGCGAAGACGGUAUGGAUGAUCCGCGCAAGCUCAAACCGGGUGAGAUCGAUCCAAAUCCCGAAACGAAGCCCGCUCGGCCGGAUCCGAAGGAUAUGGAUGAGGAUGAGUUGGAAAUGCUCUCGGAGGCUCGAGCACGUUUGGCCAAUACGCAAGGCAAGAAGGCAAAACGUAAAGCACGCGAGAAGCAGCUCGAAGAAGCACGCCGAUUGGCCGCGUUGCAGAAACGUCGUGAACUUCGGGCCGCUGGUAUCGGUGUGGGCAACAGAAAGCGUAAACUGAAGGGAAUUGACUACAAUUCGGAAAUACCGUUCGAGAAAGCACCGGCACCCGGGUUUUUCGAUACAACCGAAGAGUUUGUGGUACCGAUAGCAGCUGAUUUUUCCAGCUUGCGCCAACAAACGCUUGACGGAGAGUUGCGCGUAGAAAAAGAAGCUCGUGAGCGGAAGAAGGAUAAGGAAAAGCUGAAACAACGAAAGGAAAACGAUAUUCCAACAGCGUUGUUAAAAAAUCAGGAACCGGCUAAAAAGCGGUCGAAGCUUGUCCUUCCAGAGCCACAAAUCUCCGAUCAGGAAUUGCAGCAAGUCGUUAAGCUUGGUCGUGCGAGUGAAAUUGCGAAGGAGGUAGCUUCCGAAAGCGGUAUCGAAACCACUGAUGCCCUUUUGGCGGAUUAUAGCAUCACACCGCAGGUUGCCGCCACGCCGCGGACUCCUGCCCCGGUUACUGAUCGUAUUUUGCAGGAGGCUCAAAAUAUGAUGGCACUCACUCACGUGGACACACCGCUUAAGGGUGGUGUCAACACACCGUUACAUCAGUCGGAUUUUUCAGGUGUGUUACCUCAAAGCCAAGCCGUAGCUACUCCGAAUACCGUCCUAGCUACUCCGUUCCGUUCGAUUCGCGGACCGGAUGGAAGUGCAACGCCAGGAGGAUUUUUAACGCCAGCAUCGGGAGCGAUGGUUCCCGUAGGUUCCGGCACGCAACCACACGUGCCCGGUGCAACACCGAAUUUUCUGCGCGAUAAGCUAAACAUCAACACGGAAGAUGGUAUGAGUGUAGCGGAAACGCCCGCUGCUUACAAGUCCUACCAGAAGCAGUUGAAAUCUUCACUAAAGGAAGGGCUAGCUUCCCUGCCGACACCAAGAAACGAUUACGAAAUUGUUGUGCCCGAUAACGAAACGGACGAGGCUGCCGAUGAUGGAUCGAUGGAUGUGGAUCAAAUCGUACCAGACCAAGCGGACGUGGAUGAGAAGCGCAAACGCAACAAGCUUGCCCAAGAAGCAAAGGAACUUUCACUGCGCUCCCAGGUCAUUCAGCGAGACUUGCCACGACCGCUCGAAAUCAAUACGACCGUGCUGCGCCCGUCAAAUGAAAUGCACGGAUUGACGGAUCUACAGAAGGCGGAAGAGUUGGUCAAACAAGAGAUGGUAAAAAUGCUCAACUACGAUGCGCUGCGCAACCCGAUUCAGCAAGCGCAACCAUCCUCCAUGAAGCGUCCCAUGCUCGCCCAAUAUCAGGCGUAUCUGGAACAACACCCGUAUGAAAACAUCGACGAGCUGGAAUUGGUCGAAGCGCGCAAAAUGCUCGCAGCGGAAAUGGGAGUGGUGAAGCAGGGUAUGGCCCACGGAGACUUAUCAAUAGAAAGCUACACACAAGUGUGGCAAGAGUGUUUGUCCCAAGUGCUGUAUCUGCCGAGCCAGAACCGAUACACACGUGCCAAUUUAGCCAGCAAAAAAGACCGCAUAGAAUCCGCCGAAAAACGUCUCGAAAUCAACCGGAAGCAUAUGGCCAAAGAAGCGAAGCGUUGUGGCAAAAUAGAGAAAAAGCUUAAAAUUCUUACCGCGGGUUAUCAGGCACGAGCGCAAGCGUUGAUUAAGCAGUUUCAGGACACUAACGAGCAGAUUGAACAAAACUCACUGGCGCUCUCAACGUUCAAGUUUUUAGCUGCACAGGAAGAUUUGGCCAUACCGAAGCGUUUGGAAUCGUUAACGGAAGAUGUAAUGCGACAGACGGAGCGUGAAAAGGCUCUACAGACACGUUACGCUCAGUUGACAGAAGAACUGGAAGAGCUUAACCGUUUGCUGGAGGAAGCUAACGUUAAUGGAGUCGAGUAUGGAAAGGAUGAGGAACAGGCACCACAAGUUAAUGGUCGACACGAACAUUUGGAUGAGGAAGAAAGAGAUGAUAGUAGCAUGGGAGCGAAUGAUGAGAAUGCCAGAAACGGACAUGAGGAACACGAAGCAUCUAAAGAAUCACCUAAUUCAAAUGCAGCAUUAGAACCAGAACAAGAGAAUGUAGAGGAUGAGGACGGUCAAAAUUCUGAUACACAAGAACAGCCCGACAGUCAAGAGGAAUAUGCCGAAAGAAGGGAAAGUGAGGAAGAUGCUGAAGACUCCUCUGAAUAUCCCGAGACGAAGGAGCCCCAACAAGAGGACGAACGAAUGGAGGAAGAUGAUGAGGACACUAGUGACGAUUAA